UCCUCCACUCUCAUCAGGACCACGGCGAUGUGAUGCUCUGAAACUUUCUCCCUCCACCUGAGCAGCACACAAACUUUUCCACUCUCUCAGUCGUUGGAACUCGCCAGCGGGUCCCAUGUCGCGAAAGCAGGUCGAGCAUGACUACAACCUGCGGGGAAUGAGCAACCUGAUGAGCGAGCGCUGGAAGCGGGUGAACGACGGAGGGGAGCGGAGUCUCAUCAAGGCUCCGUCCAGCGGCAGCAUCAGCAGCCAGGGCGCCGCGAGCUCCAGCGCAGCCGCAUCUGGAGCGCCUCCACCGGCCGCCGCCGCCGCCACUUCCACCGGGGAUUUGGAGAGAGCCGCGCGGAAGCAGUUCCAGCAGGAUGUCACACCGGGCUUCGUCUAUGUCCUGGCCGUGUUCUCCGCCCUGGGGGGCUUCUUGUUCGGCUACGACACCGGGGUGAUCUCCGGAGCGAUGCUUCUGCUGAAGCGGCAGUUGGAGCUGAGCGCACUGUGGCAGGAGGUGCUCAUCUCCAGCACCGUGGCGGCGGCCGCUCUCUCCGCUCUGCUGGGCGGCUUCCUCAACGGGCUUUUCGGGCGCAGAGUCUGCAUCCUGUUGGCCAGCUUCUUCUUCACCGUCGGAGGAAUCGUGCUGAGCAGCGCCCCGGGGAAGGAGGUGCUCCUGGUGGGGAGACUCAUCGUGGGAGUGGGACUCGGUAUUGCAUCCAUGACGGUACCCGUGUACAUCGCUGAGGCUUCCCCGCCACACCUGAGAGGGCAACUGGUCACGGUCAACACCCUAUUCAUCACUGGUGGACAGUUCACAGCUAGCCUUGUGGAUGGCGCCUUCAGCUACCUGCAGCACGACGGUUGGAGGUACAUGUUGGGUCUGUCGGUGCUCCCCGCCGUGAUCCAGUUUGUGGGCUUCCUGUUUCUACCGGAGAGUCCUCGGUGGUUGAUCCAGCGUGGGUUGACCCAGAAGGCUCGGCGCGUCCUCAGUCAGAUUCGGGGGAAUCAGAACAUUGACGAAGAGUAUGACAGCAUCAAGAACAGCAUCGAGGAGGAGGAGAAGGACAGUGGAGGAGACGGCCCGGUGAUCUGGCGGAUGCUGACCUAUCCCCCUACGCGACGUGCCCUGAUCGUGGGUUGUGGCAUUCAGAUGUUCCAGCAGCUUUCGGGAAUCAACACGGUCAUGUACUACAGUGCGACCAUCCUCCAGAUGUCAGGAGUGCGUGAUGACAGACUGGCAAUUUGGUUGGCGGGACUCACCACCCUCACAAACUUCCUGUUCACUAUCCUGGGUGUUUGGCUUGUAGAGCGAGUGGGCCGACGGAAACUGGCGUUGGGAAGCAUCAUGGGUACAUGUCUGAGCUUGAGCCUGCUGGCUGUGGGCUUCCUGCUGUCGGCUCAGCACAGUCCGCCGGUCACGCACCACCCAGUGGACCCUUCAACAACCAACUCAACGUGCUUCAAGUACCAACUUUGUGAGCCAUGCAUGCUGGAUCCUGGUUGUGGCUUCUGCUACAGUGAAAACGGCUCAGCGCUGCUCACCACCUCCUGCGUGCCAGUCAAUAAAGCCUCCACAGAGCAAGCAGCGUGGGGCAGAUGCUCCAAUUCCAGCCAGAUAAGAGAGCACACCUACUGGGCCUACAACUACUGUCCCACCUCAUACUCAUGGCUGGUUUUACUGGGUCUCAUACUCUAUCUGGCUGCUUUUGCCCCAGGAAUGGGCCCCAUGCCAUGGACCAUCAACUCAGAGAUAUAUCCUCUGUGGGCGAGGAGCACAGGGAACGCCUGUGCUGCUGGAGUCAACUGGACCUUCAAUGUCUUAGUCUCCCUGACCUUCCUCCACCUCGCUCAAUACUUCACGUACUACGGCGCGUUCUUUCUGUACUCGAGCUUGGCCUUUCUGGGUUUUAUCUUCAUCUACGGCUGCCUGCCGGAGACGAAAUCAAGGCGCCUGGAGGAGAUUGAGGCGCUCUUUGAAAAUCAGCUGUGCUCAUGCGGCGCUUCGGAUUCAGACGAGGGACGACAGGUGGAAUACAUUCGGGUCAAAGGGUCCAACUACCAUCUAUCAGACAACGAUGCAUCUGAUGUGGACUAAAGCGCCAAGUCGUGUCUCCACUCUGGGUGUUGCACUUACUGCUUAAACACGCAGAGGGUUUGUUUUCUUUCUCUUUGUGAGCAGAGGACAUCCCUCCUCUCUGUCUGUGAUAUGUCAUCCUGUCACUUUCUAUGAAGUUCUUUGAGGCAAGCGAGUUUGUUCCGCAGCAGCAAGCUGAGGAUGGAUGAAUGUCUGUUGUUUAUUUGAACAGGAAAUUGUAAAAGUGUGAUUCUCCAAACACAUCUCCACUGGCCGGUUGGUAAUGUGACAAUUUAUCAGAUUUAUCACUCUGGAGUUUUGAACAAAAAUGUUUGUUUAAAACACGUUGCAUGUACAUAGUAUCCCAGGAACACUUGAAAACAAUAAGCUAGUCCUGUUCGGUGAUCAUUUAGGAACCUCGGGAAGACCUGUUACACAGUUUUGUUUGCAAGGAUGUCCGUUGGUUUACGAAUAUCUGCAGUCAGAGAAUCAGAUACACUGAAGACGUGUUGACAGUAAGUUGUUGUGGACCUUCAGAGCAGCUUUGCCUUCCUCUCUCAAAAGGUUAACGCUGCUUAAAUCUGUAGCAUAGCACACCAUGGCUCAUACUGAUUCAGCUUGUCCUUUUUUUAGAUGGCUGAUCUGUGGCAGACAGUUGAGACAGUUCUAUUUAUUAAACACCUUUACGCCGACUACAGAGAUGUUAAUCUGACAAGACCGCCUGUUUUUUUUAAAAUAAGAGGAUCAUUCACAAACAUGAGAUGGAUGACAACAUUGUAGGUAGGACUCAAGAAUAGGCGGAAAUCAACAGUUGUAUCACAAUACAAUAUUAUAUCAUUAGUGAAUCACAAUAUAAUUUUGAUUCAAUUCAUGAUCAAUAUGUUGACAAAGCUGCUGUUGUCGGAAUGUCAAUAAGGCCACAGGACUGAAAACCCAAAGGCUUUUCAAUUUGCACGAAAUGGAAAGAUUCAUUUUCCCUCUUAGGUUUAUGUCCCAUCAGCUGGUUGGCACAUCUUGUUAGCAUUCUCCAUCUGAGCCCGUCCUCCCUCAUCACACCUCCCCCUUUCCUCAUGGACCCAUGAACCUCAAUGGUUGACAACCUCUGUAUCUUCAUCUCAUGCCAGAUUUGUAAGUCUAAAAACCAUAACAUUGGUCUUACUAUGGAUCAGGUCUUCAAUAUCUAAAUCUAAGUAAACAAAUAGCCUGGAUGAUUUAGAGCCUGCACAAAUGUUCCUACCUGUUGGAGACUGUCAAACUCACAGGGAUCCAGUGGCGGGGAAGUGGUGAGUCGGAAAUGCUCUGUACAGGAGAGCAGAGCUGGGAAAACCUAGAUGCAAAUGAUCGUAGCUGGUGACGGGUAUGGAAUGAGCACAGAAUAUGAGCUCCUCUGGCACGACAUGAUCCUCAUUUGUGUCAAUAAUAUUCAUGUGGAUGUCCUCCACACUCUUCUUGAAAUGAUGUGAUGUCCCCAUCUCGAUACAAUCACUGUCCCCCAGAGUGUUUUCAACAAGUGUUUUGUGACGAUCUGUGUCUAAAAUGUCACUUCACCAAAAGCAUUUUUUUAUUAGAAUCUAAAGGUCUACAAGACUAAUUUUGCAAAACAUAUAUCAAAAUACCUGUCACUGUGCACUUCCGGUAAAAAUCUAAGAUGCAUCACGGAUAAAACAAGCUCAGCUGUGCGCGUGUCGUUUCAUGGUAGGUUCUUUUGGCUUCUCCAAUGACAUGUUAAAGUCAAGGUCACCUGUACAGGUCGUCAUUCCUUUCAAGAGUGCAGUAUCUUUAAAUGAAGUUACUAUAUAGGGCACCUCUGUUUCACUCUUCUUCACAACUGAUCGAUGCAGUCAGCACAAGUGAGAUAACGUAUGCUCAUCUGUAUUUAACUCUCUUACUUUGAUAAUAGUGCCUGUGUAUUGUAAAGGUGCCUAAAUGGCUGUUUUCAGUCCAAAAACUGUUGAGUGGUAUGUAUCAUAUCAUGUGGUGUUUGGUUCUACUUGUAUUUCAUAUUUAUUAUUUCUGUCUUCCUCUGUAGCCUUAUGUACAAAUGCGUAAUUUGCUGGGGUGUUUUUUUGUGAAACUGUUGAGAUGAAUCGUUUCUGUGUAGCAAAACGCUGUCGACACGUCGUCAGCGGAGAAACAGGAAUCGCCCUCUCCAGUUCGAUUCGACUGAUUAUGUUUGUCGUCCACUUUUGUGUUCAAACAUUUCCGUUCAAAAAUCCGACUAGUUUUAUACUAAAAGUAUUAUGGAGUUGUGACGACCAAAUAUUCUCGUGUUUGUUGAUUUUGAAAACUUCACUGUGUGGAUAGUCUUUCUACAGUAAAGGAAGUUAGCAAUUACAGUGGUAUAUUGUAUAUUUGAUUAUUGUCAGAGCUGUACAUGUUUGCUAGAGUUUAUAUUCUAUAAAAAGGUUCAUGGACACUUGAAUAUGUAUACCAGGAAGAAAUAAAUCGGUA